UGCAAGGGGUAAAGAUUGAGGGUCCGCUGUAGGCUUCCCAGGAGGUCUGAAUGGGCACAAUAAAGAGGAUUUUGGUAAUUCCGUAUAUAGCCGGUAUUCCGAUCGGACCUGAUGAUUGUUUUAGUUUUUUUCUCCGCGCUUUCGGCGGCGUCUGUUAAAGGGGAUUUGUUUCACUUUGACAGCAUCUCAAAUGUAUCGACGUAUUACUUUAACUACCUCUACUGCCAUGUGUGGGAAGGCGAGUGUCAGCCGAACCAAGACGAUGCGGCCCAACAAGUGCCUACAGGGAGCAUGUGGUCUUGGCUUUCUCAGGAUUACAUGGGCAUGAUGACCAACUGGUACUGCAGCAUUGGACAGUGCUGUGAUUCAGGAGACUGCAGAAUUAUUAACAACAUCACAGGUCUAGAGUGGGAUCUCCAGCUAAAACUUCAUGGACAGCACCUGGCUCAGUCGGUGGUCCUGAAGGCCAUUCAAGGCUUCAUUAAUAACCCUGAGUCCAACAAGCCCCUGACUCUGUCCUUCCAUGGUUGGUCAGGAACAGGCAAAAACUUCGUGGCCCGGUUGGUGGCAGACAACCUAUAUCGCGAUGGAGUGAAAAGCGAGUGUGUGCGUCUGUUCAUUUCCCUAUUCCACUUCCCACAUGCAAGAUUGGUCGAUGUGUACAAGGGCCAGCUAAGAGAGGCUAUUCGAGACAUGGUCCUCCGUUGCCCACAAACACUCUUCAUUUUUGAUGAGGCUGAGAAAUUGCACCCUGGUCUUAUUGAUGCCAUUAAGCCCUACAUGGACCAUUAUGAUAAUGUCGAUGGCGUUAGCUAUAGAAGAGCCAUAUUCUUGUUCCUCAGUAAUAUUGGCGGUGCAGCUAUUAAUGAUGUCGCGCUGGACUUUUGGCAUUCGGGACAGAACCGGGAGGAUAUUGGUAUGGAAGAUCUGGAACAUCGACUGCGAGCAGAAUCUAUGGAGGCUGAAGGAGGAUUUGCACAGAGUGAGCUCAUGUCAGGGCACCUGAUUGACUUCUUUGUGCCAUUCUUGCCACUUGAAUAUCGUCACGUUAAACUGUGUGCUCGGGACGCGUUUGCUAUCCGUGGCAUGGAGCCUGAUGAGACAACUUUGGACGAGGUGGCUAAAGCCAUGCUGUAUGUACCCAAAGAAGAAAAACUCUUUUCAGCACAGGGUUGCAAAUCCAUUCCACAACGAAUCAACUUUUUUUUACAUUAAUACAAAAAGACAAGGUCACUAAGCCCACAUGAACAUGUUCUGGCAUAUGUAACAGCAAAGUUACAAUGAAAUGAGACUGUUACCAGAUUUUUACGUGGAACUUCAUGGGUCCAGCCUUUCCAGGUCAAUCCUGAGCUUUCUCAUGUUCUCCCCAUGUCCAUGUAUAGUGGUGCUUGAAAGUUUGCAAACCCUUUAGAGUUUUCUAUAUUUGUACAUAAAUAUGACCUAAAACAUCAUAAGAUUUUUACACAAGUCCUAAAAGUAGAUUAAGAAAACCCAGUUAAACAAAUUAGGCAAAAUAUACUUGGUCACUUAUUCAUUAAGGAAAAUUAUCCAUUACUACAUAUUAGUGAGUGGCAAAAGUAUGAGAACGUUUGCUUUCAGUAUCUGGUGUGACCCCCUUGUGCAGCAAUAACUGCAACUAAACAUUUCUGAUAACGGCUGAUCAGUCCUGCACACCAGCUUGGAGGAAUUUUGGUCCACUCCUCUGUACACAAAAGCUUCUACUCUGGGGUGCUCGUGGGUUUCCUCACAUGAACUGCUCACACAACAUUUCUAUUGGAUUAAGGUCAGGACUUUGAUUUGGCCAUUCCAAAACAUUAUUCUUCUUUAAUCAUUCUUUGCUAGAACGACUUCUGUGCUUAGGGCUCAGUUUAUGGACAGAUGUCCUGAUCUUUUUCUUUAGAAUUCGCUGGUAUAAUUCAGAAUUCAUUGUUCUAUCAAUGAUGGCAAGCCGUACUGGCUCAUAUGCAGCAAAACAGGCCCAAACCAUGGUACUACCACCACCAUGUUUCACAGAUGAAGGUUCUUCUGCUGGAAUGCAGUAUUUUCCCUUUCUCCAAACAUAAUGUGGCCCACGUAAACUAAAAAGUUCUGUUUGGUCUCAUCCGUACACAACAUUUUUCCAAUAGCCUUCUGACUUGUCCAUGUGAUCUUUAGCAAACUGUCGUCAGGCAGCAAUGUUCUUUUUGGAGAGCAGUAACUUUCUCCUUACAACCGUGCUAUGCCUACCACUGUUGUUCUGUGUUCUCUUGAUGGUGGACUCAUUAACAUUAGCCAAAGUGAAAGGGAUCUUUAGUUGCUUAGAAGUUACCCUGAGUUCCUUUGUGAUCUCGUGGAUUAUUACACGCCUUGCUUUGGGAGAGAACUUCGUUGGUCAACCACUCCUAGGGAUGAUAACAGUUAUUUUGAAUUUCUUCCAUCUGUCUGGCUGUGGAUUGGUAGACUCCAAACUCUUUAUAGAUGGUUUUGUAACCUUUUCCAACCUGAUGAGCAUCAACAACUUUUUUUUUUUUCUGAGGUCGAAGAAUUUCCUUUGUUCAUGCAGCGAUACACUUCCACAAACGUGUUGUGAAGGUCAGACUGAUAGAUCCCUGUUCUAUAAAUAAAAUGGAGCACCCACUCACACCUGAUUGUCAUCCCAUUGAGUGAAAACACCUGACGCUAAUUUCACCUUCAAAUUAACUGCUAAUCCUAGAGGUUCACAUACUUUUGACACUCACUGAUUUUAUGUAAUAUUUCCAUUUUCCUCAAUAAAUAAAUGACCAAGUAGAAUAUAUUUUGUCACAUUUGUUUAAUUGGGUUCUCUUUAUCUACUUUUAGGACUUUGUGUGAAAAGCUGAUGAUGCUUUAGGUCAUAUUUGUGUGGAAAUACAGAAAAAUUCUAAAGGGAUCACAACCUGUCCAGCACCACUACAGGUUUCCUCCCACCACCCUAAAACAUGCCCACAUUUGGAUUGGCUAUGCCAAAUUGCUCCUAGGUGCAGUCCACUGGCGUCACAUCCAUGACGCAUAUUAUUCCCUCCUCAUGCCCAGUUUUGCUAGGAUAGGCUCCAGAUCCACCACAACUUUGGACCAAGAUAAAGCAAUUAUUGAAGAUGAAUGUUUCAAUGAACAUGCAACAUGAGGAUGUUUCAACAUCAGAGCUCAUACUGAGGUAGAAAAUGGAGAGCUGUUACUUGCCCCCACUGAACCCCAAGUGGGGUUUUUUUUUCCUCUUCCCUUCCAUUUACAGGAACCUAAUAAUUUGAGCUAUUCAUACCUUGGUCAGGUGCCUGUGCACAAUUUCCCUUGAGUAAUAAUAACUCUGAAAGUAGUAGUAAUUCUUGGAAGAUUGUCAGGUCAUGGUAUAAAUUCUGAUGUAAUGUCAGUGUAUACAGUAAUCCCCAGCACGACACUAAAAUGUGUACAAAAUAAUGAAAGCUUCUAAUCUGAUGUUCUUACUUUUCCUCGUGACCAUGGCAGUAUGCUCCAAUAAGUAGUGUGUGUGUGUGUGUGUGUGUGUGUGUGUGUGUGUGUGUGUGUGUGUGAUUCAGGAGAAGUGUGAAGUGUUGAGGUUUUUUUUUUUUUUUAGUAGUAGGUGUAACGUUUCCAUUGCCAUAACACAUUAAAGGUUAUCCAAAAUCUAUAAAUAAUUUAAAUACCAGUUGCUUUAAAAUUAUAUAUAAAUUCUGUUUUAAAAGGUAAAUUAAAGGAAGUUAAUAUAAGUCAGUUAUUACACUGUGUAUACUAAUGUAAUGUAAAGAAAUUAAAGUUUAAAGGUGCUGACUGCAAAGUCAUCUGAAAUUUUUUUAUUUUUUAUUGUGCAUGGCAUUUCCCUAUGUCUUGCAAGAACAAUAUCCUGCAGAUGAGAUGUGAUCAUUUUGAUGUGCUGAGGGUUGCUUUUCUCUGUAUUGGGACCAAAUAUCCUACCUCUUGAGGUAAACAGUAUGGCCCGACAGAAACAGCUGAACGCGAGGAGCUUUAACUAAUUAGCAUAACUAUGGAACUGUGUCAUAACAAGAUGAUGACGUGAGGAAAACAUUGUGACUCUGCAUCGACCUCGGAGAGUUUUGAGUCACAGGUGUGUAAUUUGCGGUUGACAUUUGCGAAUAGAUCCAUGAAACAAAAGAUGAAUAUAUCUUUUCUCUGUUACUUCUUUUGUGUUCUCGUUUCUUUCUCUGUAAGAGCAAAACAUUAGGUGGCUAACGCCAUACUCGCUCUCGUGGAGUCGAGCCCAUGCAUUCUAAGGCGAAGAUAGCUAAGCAUUAGCUAGAGUGAUUUGGUUAUCUGUCCAGAAAAAUGACAUCAUCUAACCUUGCUGUUUCUUGCAAUUGCACUCACUAGGCAGGCUUUCCUUUUCUGCUAGCUUUUAGCUGGCCGGAGAGCUGAGUCCGCCAUGUUUGCCCAUGCUGACUUGUUUUGGUUAAAAGUAGGUCAAACACGCCCCAUGGUGGUCACGUGAUAUUGUUGCUCACCUGCUUCGGCAAUCUCCGGAAUCAUAAAAUGUGGGAUGCUUUUUAUCUCUGCAAAACAUUUACACAGAGGAUACAUGGUGUGUGCAGCAGCAAAACAUCUCGAAACUCCAACAGCAAUAGAAAUGGAACAUUUUGCCCAGAAUUCAACUUUGCAGUCAGAACCUUUUAAAUCUCAGCAUACACGUUCGUCAACAUUACCCAAGCAUUAAUGUAGGGCAGUGUUGGGGAUUAUCACUAAUUGCAUUGUGCCCAAUAAUGGAGGCUAGAUGCUGGCACAGACAGACCAUGUUCUGCCCCAGUGGCUUGUACGAUGGCUCUGCUUUUUUUUUUUUUCUUCCUCCCUUGAAAUUUUGAUAUCCGGCCAGGUUUUCCCCCGCUUCGGGUAAAGUCCACCCCUUUACCCCCAGCUUUACUGACGGCAGCUGUGACACACUGCCACACAACAUAGUUUGUUUGGAAUGUAACACUAUUGCUAAGACUCUCGGCUGUCCUUCUGUUAAAGAAUUUCAAUUUCAGACUCCCUGAAAUUUCUCCUCUUUGUUGCCUUUUGAGCCAGUUUCGUCUGUGUGAGGCUCUGUUGCCAGAAAUACUGAUAUGAAAAUAAGUUCAAUAAUGGGUGAUGCAGAGAAAUGGGUUCGCGUGUGAUCAAUUCCACCAAAAUGAUUUGUAAAUGACUGCACAAUGUUGUGUGCAUAUAUUCAACCAGGUUUUCCAUUCCAUCUCGUGAAUUUUACAACUACUGUUUUCAUGGUGGUGUAGUGGUUAGCACUGUCGCCUCACAGCAAGAAGGUUCUGGGUUUGAGCCCAGCGGCCGACAGGGGCCUUUCUGUGUGGAGUUUGCAUGUUCUCCCUGUUUCUGCGUGGGUUUCCUCCGGUUUCCCCCACAGUCCAAAGACAUGCAGGUUAGGCUAAUUGGUGACUCUAAAUUGACCGUAGGUGUGAAUGUGAGUGUGAAUGGUUAUUUGUCUCUAUGUGUCAGCCCUGUGAUGAUCUGGCGACUUGUCCAGGGUGUACCCCGCCUCUCACCCAUAGUCAGCUGGGAUAGGCUCCAGCUUGCCCGCGACCCUGCACACGAUAAGCGGCUACAGAUAACGGGUGGGUGGGUGGAUGGAUGGAUGUUUUCUGGGACUUUAGCUACCUGGUCUUUUUACAAACCAAGUGAUGUCACCGAUUUAGCACACUUCAUACCAUGGGGGGGGGAACCAAAUUCAUUAAUGGCACUUGUAUACUGUACA